CAAAGCCAACGCCCAACGCGUCUUCCCACCCUCAACUUUCCGACCUGAUCUCCUCCAUCUCUCGCCCCUCGACAUGCGCGAUAAUGCUCGUCGUCCACCGAACAGCGCUCCGCCGGCGUCUACUCACCCAGCAUGGAUGCCGAGUCCCGAAGCCAAGGAGGCAUUUCGCUUCCCGCGCGUCUCUGUGGCAGGCCUCGAAAGAUCCACGUCUCGAUGACAUCGGCCACAUUCUCGAGGACAAUUUCCUGGUGAUGCGCGACAAGUACGAAGUACCCAAGCAUGCCAUCAUCCUCGCGCACGGUCUGCUGGGCUUCGACAAAUUGCAUCUAGCCGGUCAGAGCAUUGCGUACUGGUAUGGUAUUACGGAGGCUCUGGCGGCGAAGGGGGUAGAGGUCAUUACCGCCGAGGUUCCGCCUUCUGGACGAAUUGAAGUGAGGGCGGAGAAGUUGGCGCGGGUCAUUGAGGAGAAGGCUGGGGGAAAGGCGGUGAAUAUUAUUGCGCAUAGCAUGGUUGGAUUGGACGCCCGGCACAUGCUCUCCCGCAUCCACCCACCAAACGUCAAGGUCCUCUCCCUAACGACGGUCGCAACACCACACCGAGGCUCCGCAUUCGCAGACUACAUCUUCAACCUAAUAGGCACAUCAAACGUGCCCAAGCUCUACCGCGCCCUCGAAUUCUUCGGUCUCGAAACGGGCGCCUUCCGACAACUCACCGAAAACUACAUGCUCGAGCACUUCAACCCGCGCACUCCAGACGUGGACAGCGUCCGCUACUUCAGCUUCGGGGCGACUUUCCAACCACAGCUGACUUCGGUGUUUCGACGUUCGCAUAGAAUUGUACAGCAAGCUGAGGGUCCGAAUGAUGGCCUUGUCAGUGUUUCCAGCAGCCAGUGGGGUACCUACAAAGGCACAUUGCAGAAUGUGAGCCAUUUGGAUCUCAUCAACUGGACGAAUAAGCUGAGGUGGUAUCUCUUUUCGAUGACCGGGCAGAAGCGAAAGUUCAAUGCAAUUGCGUUCUAUCUUUCAAUAGCGGACAUGCUUGCCAAAGAAGGAUUAUGAGGAAUAUGGCAACACGAUGGGCACAAGUCAAAGCUUCGAGAAGAAAUUAGGUGUUUGGGAUCAUGGUCCAAGAUCUCGACGGGAGAUAUGGCACAUCUCACUAGCUAGCAUCACCGCCGGUGCUCCAACCUGUAGUCGAGAGCUCUGAGGAUAGAUGUAAAAUCGCCGAGAUCGUCCCCAAUCGGUCACAUGCCAGCCUUACGGCGAGGGACGCGAAGCUUCAAGCUAGUGAAAGUUUAAAUACAAUUCCCAGCAUUUCAUCUUCAAAAUUUCCAAAC